CAGGCGAAGGCAGGGUCUGGCUGAGCGGGAGCCCUGCUGCCCGGCAGGGUCCCAGAGCCCCAGUUCUGAGUUGCUGCUGCUUCAAGAGCUGAGAGGAGCAGGGAGGAUGGAACUGCAGGAUCCAAAGAUGAAUGGAGCCCUCCCUGGGGGUGCUGUGGACUACAGGCAGGAGCACGAGGGCUUCCUGCCCAGCCAUAGUCCUUCUCCUGGGAGGAAGCCAGCCCAGUUCAUGGAUUUCGAGGGGAAGACAUCGUUUGGAAUGUCAGUGUUCAACCUCAGCAACGCCAUCAUGGGCAGCGGCAUCCUGGGGCUGGCCUAUGCCAUGGCCCACACAGGGGUCCUCUUCUUCUUGGCCCUGCUGCUCUGCAUCGCUCUUCUGUCUUCGUACUCCAUCCAUCUCCUGCUGACCUGUGCUGGUGUUGUAGGCAUCCGAGCCUAUGAACAGCUGGGACAGAGGGCGCUGGGGCCUGCGGGGAAGGUAGUGGUGGCCGCGGUCAUCUGUCUGCACAAUGUUGGGGCCAUGUCCAGUUACCUGUUCAUCAUCAAAUCCGAACUCCCCCUGGUUAUCAGCACUUUCCUGGACAUGGACCCUGAGGGGGACUGGUUCUUGAAGGGAAACCUCCUCAUCAUCAUUGUAAGUGUGUUAAUCAUCCUGCCACUGGCCCUCAUGAGACACUUGGGCUACCUGGGGUAUACCAGUGGUCUCUCUCUGACCUGUAUGCUAUUUUUCCUCAUUUCGGUCAUCUAUAAGAAGUUCCAGCUUGGGUGUGCUAUAGGCCACAAUGAGACAGAAGUGGAGAGGAAGAGCCCCCCAAGCCUCAACACAAGCUGUGAGGCCCAGAUGUUCACAGCUGACUCACAGAUGUUCUACACAGUGCCCAUUAUGGCUUUUGCUUUUGUCUGCCACCCUGAGGUGCUGCCCAUCUACACAGAACUCUGCCGGCCCUCCAAGCGCAGAAUGCAGGCCGUGGCCAACGUGUCCAUUGGGGCCAUGUUCUGCAUGUAUGCACUCACAGCAACCUUUGGCUACCUGACCUUCUACAGCAGCGUGGAGGCGGAGAUGCUGCACAUGUACAGCCAGCAGGAUCUGCUCAUCCUCUGUGUGCGCCUAGCUGUGCUGCUUGCGGUGACUCUCACUGUGCCAGUCGUGCUGUUCCCUAUCCGCCGGGCUCUGCAGCAGCUGCUCUUCCCAAGCAAGGCCUUCAGCUGGCCACGCCAUGUGGCCAUAGCCCUGAUCCUCCUUGUCUUGGUCAAUGUCCUCGUCAUCUGCGUGCCAACUAUCCGGGAUAUCUUUGGGGUUAUCGGGUCCACCUCAGCCCCCAGCCUCAUUUUCAUCCUUCCCAGCGUCUUCUACCUCCGCAUUGUACCCUCUGAGGUGGAGCCCCUCUACUCCUGGCCCAAGAUCCAGGCUCUGUGUUUUGGUAUCCUGGGGGUCCUCUUCAUGGCGAUCAGUCUAGGUUUCAUGUUUGCCAACUGGGCCACAGGCCAGAGCCAUGUAUCUGGACACUGACCAAGCCCUGCUCUGCCUGGGCCCCCGUGUGCAUGUGCCUGUGCACGUGGAGUAAGAUGGGGCUGCUCACCCGGGUCCCUCCUGCCUGGGGUGUGGAGGUGGCUGGUUCCCAUCAGCGUGGCUGUUUCCCAUCAACAUGGCUGUUGGAGGUAGGGGGCUACAGAGGCUGAAGAGUGGUCCUCUCCCUUCCUCCCCAGGGGAUGCUGAGCUUGGAUCAUGGCCCUAACCCCAACUCCAGCCCCACGGGAGGAGGGGGAGGCCAGGUCCUUGGGGAGCCCCUGCCCAGCCCAGUCUUUUCUGCCUCCUCCUGGCAGAAGCUGUUUGUCAGGAUCACCCUCGAGCUAAAGGGGAAGAAUAAAGAUGCUGAAUUGCAA